AUGUCAAAUGACGUAGCAAAAUGUGAUUUACAAUUAUUAUGUGAAAAUUUAUCAAAAGCAAAUUCAUUUUAUGAAUCGACUGUUAUACGAAUGCUUUCAAUGACCCUCUCCGAUAAUGUGCUUUUAUCAUCAAGACCACACAUGACGUUAGACGAUGAUACAAAUUCCAUAUUUGAUUUUGAACGAUCUUAUUGUGACAUACGCUCAUCGAUUAUCCAACAAUUUUAUUUGUUAAUUCACACAUUAAAUAAUUUUGAUUUAGGCUUAAUAAGUCUUGAUCUUAUGGGAAAAAGAAUGCUAUCAAUCAUAUCGAAACGUUUGAAUACAAUUGGUUCCAAAAUAAACGAUAUUGUACAGUCUUGUUUUGAUGUUGAUAGUCAAACAUUAUGGUGUCAUAUUCUGACACGAUCUGUUCGCUGGUUUUUUACACUCGAUGAAAAUGAAUGGGAACCUCGACUAAAUGAAUUAUUAUGGCGUGAUGGUUUUAAUGAAAAAAUAUUUGUACGAUUUCAACAUGUUAUUAAAUUUGUUUGUAUACGUUUAAACAGUGACAAUAAUAAAAAGAUAAAAAAGUUAGAUGAAGAAAUUUCUAUUUUACAAUAUUUAGCCAGUACAUUAAUUACAUCACCACCACCCUUACCGAGAAUGUUUUUUCAAAAAUUACAAAAAAACAAUCACUAA